AGAGAGAGAGAGACACAGAGGGGGAGAGAGACAGAUAGAGAGGCAAACUAUUUUCCUUCGUGCCUUCGCCCUCAUCUCACUUGCGCAUUUCGCUGGCUACCUGCAAACCGAAUGCAGAUAGAAACACUGUUGUGUAUUAACACUCAACUUUAUUUACUGUUAAGUUUAUUUUUAAAACAAUCAAUUAGGCCUAAGCUAAAUCAUGCAACCCAGGAAAUCGUUCGAUCAACCUAGAAAGACUUUACUUGCGGUUAAUAAUUUCUUCGACUUGGGGAUUUCAUCGACUUGUUUCGCACAAAAUGCUACUAACUGAAAUUAAAUAAAAGAUCUUAGUGUAAGUUAAGCAAGACCCGUUUUAGUACGUCAUCUUCAGAAAGCGUUUUUCUUUUCCUUGUCAGCAUUUCUGUGGACGUUUUGAGAUGUCCGGAUUUCAUUCAAAUACCUCUGUAGCACCGGACCCGGUGUACGAAUGGAGAUAUGAAUAUUACGACGACGAAGAACCGGUGUCUUUCGAGGGACUCAAAGCGCACAGGUACUCCAUAGUGAUCGGAUUCUGGGUGGGCCUGGCCGUGUUCGUGAUCUUCAUGUUUUUCGUGUUGACGCUGUUGACCAAGACCGGAGCUCCGCAUCCAGAAGGAGCUGACAGCUGUGAGAAGCGUGUCGGUGCCACCAGCUGCAUGGAGGAGCUGGCUCCUCCGGCCUCCAACACCGACCACAGGGCCUGCUUCUCUCGCCCUCUGCUGGACACCUCCCGCUCCUUCCUCCACUGCUACAUCAACGAGGAGCAGCAGGGCCCAGGCCAGAGGCCCGGGCCUGGAGUUGGUGGAGCGCCCCAGGCAGGGCAUGCCCCUGGCAGGCUCGGCAGCCCAGAGGAGGCGGGGGGUCUGGGGCUGGAGGGGGUGGCGGUGAUGGGGAACCGUGCUGAGAGAGAGUCCGAACUCCUGGCCCACUUCAACAUCCCCAACUUCGUGAACAGCUCCAGUCUGGGGGAGGAUUACCUGCUGCUGGGGGGCCCGCCAAUCAUCCUGGAGGGGGACUGUUCGCCCAAUAGGAACCGUGAUGUGGUUGACUGAGGUCCCGCCCCCCUCACACCCCCUCCCUCCUGUGAGGACGUGGUUGGUGCACGCUGCUGACCUCCUGCAUAUCCCGGCUUCUUCACCAGUCAUUCCAGUAUGGUGAGACACUUAUCCUAAACGAUGUCCAGGGGGAUUUGAACCUGCCGCUUCUUGGUCUGCAGUCACCGAGCUCUUCACAAUCCAACCCACAACCGCUGUUCAUCUGGGUUCCCACCGUCGUCAUGGCGACAUUCUAGCUUUUCUGACAUGGUUGAGGGUGAGCUAGGUCGCUAACGAGCCACCUCGUUAGAGCUCCACGGACCCACCAAGGCCAGCUGUUACAGCUGGACCUGGAAGAGGAGAGCCCAGUCUCCGGAAGCGAGACGGGCACCGGAGCUGGAGCAUUUGUCUGGAACUAAACAACCGUCAGAAAGAGGUCAAAUGCGUUCUGACAUCGUUAAGGAGAGUGUUGUGAUCUGCCACCAGUGAUUUGUCUAUGGGUAUAGUGUGGCAUUAAAUGCAAAUAUAUGCUAAUGUGAUGUUGUGAGAUGCUAAUGAGAUGCUAAUGAGAUGCUAAGGAGCCGGGUGAGAGACAGAGGAAGAUGUGAAGACAGUGAUUGGCCGUGUUUAAGAGGUUUGGGGGAAAGUAAAAGAAUAAAUAAAAAAGUAUUGAAACGUUAUUUAUUUUGACCACAUAUGGAAUACAUUACAUACAUAACCACAAAUAAAACAGGGCUCUCUCUAUACACACAAAACAAUCUACAAAAAUAAAGCCUUUACGUAUUGCUUCA